CACACAGGAAGGCAGGGCGGUGAGCGGGAGCGGCCUGGCAAAUCCUUAGGAGAAGAUGACCGUGUUCUUUAAAACGCUUAGAAAUCACUGGAAGAAAACAACGGCUGGGAUCUGCCUGCUGACAUGGGGAGGCCAUUGGCUGUACGGAAAACACUGUGACAACCUGCUAAGGAGAGCAGCCUGUCAAGAAGCUCAGGUGUUUGGCAAUCAACUCAUUCCUCCCAAUGCACAAGUGAAGAAGGCGACGGUUUUUCUCAAUCCUGCAGCUUGCAGAGGCAAAGCAAGGACUCUAUUUGAAAAAAAUGCUGCCCCGAUUUUACACUUAUCUGGCAUGGAUGUGACUGUCGUUAAGACCGAUUAUGAGGGCCAAGCCAAGAAACUCCUGGAACUGAUGGAAAACACAGAUGUGAUCAUCGUUGCAGGAGGAGAUGGUACAUUGCAGGAGGUUAUUACUGGAGUUCUUCGAAGAGCAGAUGAGGCUUCCUUCAGUAAAAUUCCCAUUGGAUUUAUCCCACUGGGACAGACCAGUAGUUUGAGUCCUACCCUCUUUGCCGAAAGUGGAAACAAAGUCCAACAUAUUACAGAUGCUACACUUGCCAUUGUGAAAGGAGAGACUGUUCCACUUGAUGUCUUGCAGAUCAAGGGUGAAAAGGAACAGCCCGUGUUUGCAGUGACUGGCCUUCGAUGGGGAUCCUUCAGAGAUGCUGGCGUCAAAGUUAGCAAGUACUGGUAUCUCGGGCCUCUAAAAACCAAAGCAGCUCACUUCUUCAGCACUCUUAAGGAGUGGCCUCAGAUACAUCAAGCGUCUAUCUCGUACACGGGACCUACGGAGAGACCUCCCAGGGCAGCAGACGAGACCCCUCCACGGCCCUCUUUGUACAGGAGAAUAUUACGCAGGCUCGCGUCAUACUGGGCACAGCCGCAGGACGCCCUUUCCCAAGAGGCGAGCCCUGAGGUCUGGAAAGAAGUGCAGCUGUCCACCAUCGAACUGUCCAUCACGACGCGGAACAGUCAGCUUGACCUGACGAGCAAAGAAGACUUUAUGAACAUCUGCAUUGAACCCGACACUGUCAGCAAAGGAGACUUCAUAACUAUAGGAAGCAAAAAGGUGAGGGACCCCGAGCUGCGUGUGGCCGGCACCGAGUGUCUCCAGGCCAGCCAGUGCACUCUGCUGCUUCCCGAGGGAACGGGGGGCUCCUUCAGCAUCGACAGUGAGGAGUACGAGGCCAUGCCCGUGGAGGUGAAGCUGCUCCCCAGGAAGCUGCAGUUCUUCUGCGAUCCCAGGAAGAGGGGACAACUGCUGCCCAGCGCGGCCCCCUCCUGUGAGAACGGUUUCCUUAUCGGUCACGGCCUCGUUCUUGCCACGGUCCUGGCGCACAGUGGCCCCGGGAAGGACACAGCCACAGUGCAGUGCAGCUCAGCGCCUUGUCAGCCCGGCCCCGAAUGCAGAGAUGCGGAGAGCCCGGGCCCCCCACCUCCUGAGGAACCUGGCUUUGAACACAAGAGCCAGCGACGUGAGCGAUCCACCCUGUACUGCCUUAAAACUUGGGCGUGUGGCUGCGUGCGUGUGGCGCUGGCUCUCCUGGACGGCGCGGUCAGGCCCGGCUCUGCUCCCCGGGGCCUGGAGGUGGUUUACGGAGAACAGGCACCAGACGCGCCGGGUGGGGGGCUCCGGCGUCACUGUGAGGUAGUUACGCUGACAAAUGAGUCGGCACAGGUGGUAUUUGGAAUGGUCUGUGCUACCCUGAAAAUUCCCAUCCUGAUGUUCACGGGGAACGACACAAGAGCAGCUCAUCCUCAGCGACAGAAACAUCCUUCUGUUCCUCUCCGAGGGCUCUCCUCACAUGAACAGAGAAGAUGCAGGUUUGCCCUAGUGAACAGGAAAAGGGAUUUGAUCCCAACACCGGACUCCCGGAACCGAGAAGAACCUUGA